GUCAAGUACUUGAAAAUGCGAAUUACAUUAUGUUGUGGUGUUUUAUUAGUUUUAAUAAUAAGUUCACAUUCCUAUCCAGUUAAUAAACAGAAAAUUAUGAAAUAUUUAUCCACAUAUGGAUACAUGGAUGAGAUGACUGGAGAUGACAAUGAAAAAAUGACCAAUGGUUUAAAGCAAUUUCAGGAAUACUUUGGUUUAGAACCUACAGGUAAAAUGGACAGCGCAACAAAGGAAAUGAUGGGAAGGCCAAGAUGUGCAAAUACAGAUAAAAAAUCUAAUCGGUUAAGCAAAUGGAAUAAGACAACUUUAACGUACAAAAUUGUCAAGUAUCCCCCCAACGAAGACGAAAGCGAUGUACGUGCAGAAGUUCGAAGAUCAUUUUCCAUGUGGGCCAACCGUGCACCUUUGACAUUCCAAGAAACAACCGGUGAUCCAGAUAUAGAAAUAGGCUUUUACCAAGGUGCCCAUGGCGAUAAUUUUGAGACGGAACUUGCGCACGCCUAUUUUCCACCUAGAGGUGAUAUACAUUUAAAUCUAAGGUACAGGUGGGGCAUAUUCCCUCCUUUUAACAACAAAGAACAUCUUUUAGCAACAAUGGUACAUGAAAUAGGUCACUCCUUGGGUAUCGAUCACAACAACAAUAAAAAGUCCGUAAUGUAUCCAUAUUCACAAGGAUAUGAUCCAGCUUUUGGAUUAAGUAAUAUCGAUAUACAAUCUAUUCAAAAUUUAUAUGGAACAUAUUAAUUGAAAUAUUUUUAAACAUGUAUAACAGUGGUUUACAAAUUAAAAUUUUUUUGAGAAGAAA